AUGGAAUUGAAUAAUGAUACAAAAGAAAUACAGAAUUAUCUACAUCAAAUCAAUGAUUAUAUUAUGUUCUACACUCAAGUUGAAUCUUGUAUUACUUUCAUUCAAUCAAUUGAUAAUGAAAAAGUCUUCUUGGUUUCUUCAGUUUCUGAUGCUUUGCAAAUAUUAUACCAUAUUGAAACUCUACCCCAAAUUGAUGGUAUCUUUAUCUUCAGCUGGAAUAAAAUUGAUUCUGAACAUCUAGUUAUUGAACAUCCAAAAUUGCUUGGUACAUAUCAUGAGCUCGAUUUAUUAUGCUUAUCAAUUCAAGAACAAAUAAAUUUUUUCGAUCAAAAUAUACAAACACUCAGCUUCUUCGAUCAAGAUGAAUAUAUGACAAAGAAUUUAUCAAAACAAACUGCUGAUCUUCUUUGGUUUCAACUUUAUCAUGAUGUUCUCUUUCAAUUACCACACGAUGAAACAGCUAAACAAGAAAUGAUCGAUACAUCUAUUUCCUAUUAUCGAGACAAUAUCAAAGUAUUGGAAGUGAUCAAAAAAUUUGAAAGUGACUAUCGAUCAGAAGAAGUCCUUCAAUGGUAUUCGAAAAAAUCAUUUCCCUACAAAAUCAUUAAAAAAGCUUUAAGAGUCAAAGAUUUUAAUCAACUCUACAUAUUUCGAUACUUCAUGAAAGAUUUAGCAGAAAGUUUCGUUCGAGAGCAUCAAACAUUGGUUGAAACUAGUAAAGAAUUAUUAAUUACCUAUCGAGAAAUGAGAUUAACAAAGGAUCAAAUCAAGAAAUUCACAGAGAAUGAAGGUAAAUUAGUUUCAACUAAUGGUCUACUCACAACCAAUAUUCUUCGUUCAACUACAUUAAAACAAGCAUGGAAAGCGACGACACAAAUUGAUCUAAUUCCUGUUCUCUUUGAAAUUCAUUGUGAUCUACAACACCUGAGUAACAGUGUAAUUAUUACUAAUAGUUUUCAUUCUAGUGAAUCUACAUGUGAUGAACAAAAAGAAAUUUUCUUUAAUUCGAAUGUCACUUUUCGAUUGGAUAGUGUGAAAAUGGAAGAAGAAAUAUGGUUGAUUAAAAUGAAUGCAUCGAAUGAAGGUCAAAAUAUUAAAGAAAAAUAUAUCAAAGAUUCACAUCAUCAAAUAGAAGAUCUGAGCAUCGAAAUUCUCUUUGGACGAUUGAUGUGUGAUAUGGGUCUAUGGAAUCAAUCACAAUAUUUCUUAGAAUAUUUAUUGAACAAUUCGAAAAGUAACCAGAAAGAUCUGAUAAUGAUUGAAUGUAGUCUUGGUGAAGUUCUUCAAUGGAAAGGAGAAUGGAAUGAAGCACGAAAAUAUUAUGAUCGUGCCUAUGAUCGAAUAAUGAGAGUUAAACCAAAACAGAUCAAGAACUUAGCAUUUAUACUCUUCAAUAUUGGUGAACUUCUCCAUCUAGAAGGAAAAUACGACGAUGCCUCCGACUAUUAUGAACAAGCAUUAACAAUACGUAAGGAAAAUUGUCUCUCUAUCAUGGUAGAUCAAUCAUGUCCAGAAAAUUAUGAACGCACCAGUAUAAUAAGUUAUAUUCGCAGAUUCUUCCGACCAGUUUUAUUGAAUUUUGGCGGAUUCAUUCAAACUUAUUUUCGAUGGUUUUCGAAUAGAGAAUUCGGAAGAAUUUUUGACCGCUUUCUAUCGAAAUAUUUGACCAACAAACGAAAGCCAAUUGGCAAAAAGUUGACCACAAGACACAUAUUAGAAAUGUGUCAAAAUAUACAGAAUAUUGGCCGAUUGCAAACAGAUGAUAGAAAGAUAAGUGAUAAUUUGUUUAUUGCUGUUAGUUUUCGUAGUUUUGGAAAGAUCUUCGAUCGGCAAGAAAAAUAUGAUGAAGCAAUUAACUGUCAUGAACAAGCACUAGCUAUAUUCGAAGACUAUUAUGAGUUAUCUCAUAUCGAUAUCGCUCUUACUUAUUAUUACAUAGGUCAGGUUCUUAGACAUCAAGGAAACUAUGGAAAAGCUCUUGACUUUAGUCAACGAGCAAUGUCAAUCUAUACCAGAUAUUAUCCAAAUGGUCAUGUAUACAUUGCUUCUACUCUGAAUAGUAUCGGCCACAUUCUGUACUGUGAAGGCAAGCAUAAUGAAUCUCUGAAGAUUUUUGGACAAGCAUUGACUAUGCUAAAAAAAUAUUAUUCAUCUGGUCAUGUCGAGAUGGCAUUUAGUCUCACUGGAAUAGCAAAUGUCCAUUAUCAACAAGGAAAAUAUGAUCAAUUUCUCACAUUUAAUGAACGAGCGCUUGAAAUUUUACGAAAAUAUUGUUUUCCUGCUCACGAUGAAAUUAUCUGUAUUCUCAGGAACAUUGGUUAUGUAAAAACUGAACAAGGAAAAUAUGAUGAAGCUCUUGAUAUUUACCGACAAACAUUGGCGAUGCAAGAGAAAUAUUAUCCAUUUUAUUAUUCUAGUAUUGCUGACACUCUCAAUUACAUUUGUAAUGCACUACGUUGUCAAUCAAAAUAUGAUGAGGCUCUAUGCUAUUGCCAAAGAGCACUUACAAUGCAAGAGAACUAUUAUCUAUCUGGUCAUGUUUCAAUGGCCUCGAGUUUGAAUUAUAUUGCUAUCACUCUAAUCGAUCAAGGAAAGUAUGAUGAAGCUUUUGAUUUCCAAGAAAGAGCACUUUCAACUGUCGAGAAACACAGACCAGUGAAUCAUUCUUCUAUUGUUGUUUAUAUGAAGAACAUGGGAUUUAUAUUAAACAAACAAGAAAAAUAUGAUGAAGCACUCGAUUUUCAUCAACGUGCACUUAAAAUAGAAGAAAAAUAUUGUUCAUCGCAGAAGCGUGAGAUUGCCAAGACUCUUGGUUUCAUUGGUAUGAAUCUUAUUGCACUGAACAAAUAUGAUGAAGGCAUGGAAUUUUAUCAUCGCGCACUUAAAAUGCAAGAAAACAUCUAUAAUGAUGAUCACAUCGAGAUUUCUUAUACUUACAGCUUGAUUGGUAAUCAUUUAUAUGAUCAAAAGAAGUACAUUGAAGCUAUAGAGCAUUAUCAAAAAGCCUUGACUAUUCAAGAAAAACAUUAUGAAUAUCCUCAUAUCGACAUCGCGCACACCCUGAACCGUAUUGGUAAUGUCAUGUAUAGCCAAGAGAAAUAUAGUGAAGCAAUUGAAUUCUAUAAGCGGUCAUUAGCUAUUCGAGAAAAAAUCAAUCCUUUUGAUGAUGCUGGAAGUGCCAUCGUUCUAAGCAAUAUUGGAAAAGCACUCUACGAACAAAAAAACGACGAUGAAGCUCUUGAGUUUCAUGAACGAGCAUUAAUAGUCCUAGAGAAAUUCAAUGCAAGUAAUCUUAUCGAUAUCGCGGAAUGUCUGAACUUUAUUGGAAAUAUCCUAUAUCGCCAAGAGAAAUAUUCUAAUGCUACUGAAUACUAUAAAAGAUCAUUAGCUAUUCGUGAGAAAUUAUAUCCAAGUAGUAAUACUGGCGUUGCUGUCGUUCUUAGCAAUAUUGGACUAGCUUUGCGUGAACAAGCAAAGUAUAAUGAAGCUGUUGACUUUUUACAACAAGCAUUAACAGUUCUUAAAAGAAGCUCUCCUAGUGACCAAAAGACAAUCGCUAAUUAUAUCAGAAAUAUUGGUUAUACUCACUUUCAACAAAGAAAAUAUGAUGAAUCUAUUGAUUUUUAUUCUCAAGCGUUGAAUAUAUUCGAAGAAUAUUAUCCCAAUGAUUAUACGGAGAUUGCUAAUUGUCUAUCCUGGAUCAUUGCUAGUUUCAAUAUACAAGCGAAGUUCGAUUGUGCUAUUGAAUAUUUAGAAAGAUAUUUACUAAUUGGAGAAACAAGUUUCUCUCCAAAAGAUCUCUCGAUUAUUAGUAUUCUAACGUAUUUUUCACAAGUACAAAGAUCGAAAGGUCAACAUGAACUCUCUCUUAUAUUUGAACAAAACUGUUUAUUAAUACGUUUCAAAUUACUACCACCAGAUCAUGAAGAUAUUGGCAAUAGUUUAUCGACUAUAGGUGAGAUUUACGAAAAUCUCAAUAAACCAAUAUUGGCACUUCAUUACUAUCAACAAGCAUUAGCGAUAUACAAAACAUGUUUAAAUCCCUGGCAUUUUAAACUAUGGAGCCUGGAAUUGAAUAUUGAACGACUUUCAGAAGAACUUGGAAUACAACUCUAA